AUGGCCAAAGCCACGAAACGGUCCGGAAAGGACAAAUCCUCCUACUCAUCCUCCUCCGAAAAACCUCUCACUCCCUUCGUCAAGGCUCCCUCCAUCCUCGAGCCGUUCCUCGAGCCGCUCUCCACCCAGGAGAUCUACCUCAUCCAUAUCGACACCCAUCCUCCCGACUUCAAGAAGCAGCUCUUCAUUGUCCCCGUGCUCCUUAACACCGCCAUCCUCCUGCUCGUCGCGUACCGCGUCUACAAGGGCGCCUUCGUCUACCCAGCUCUCGUGGCCACGGCCCUCGGCUUCACCACGUCCAUGAGCGUUGACACAUCGGUGAUUUCCUGGAACGAGUUCUGGGGCCACAUCCUCCGGCGGACGGUGAUGUUCGCCAUUGACUACUUCUUGGUCACAUUGUUUCUCGGCUGGCCCAUCCGAUUCAUCCGGGGCCCCGUGAAAUGGCGCCGCGCCAUCGGAUUCCGGGACCGGGAGGUUGUCGUCCGUCAGAGUCGCAAACCCUGGAGCCAGAAACUGGUGCGCAACCGCUGGAUCUACGACGACGAGAAGACGGUCCGGGAGAAGGUCGUGCCCGCCGUAUCCCCCGAGAGGGUCAAGAAGAGCGGCUUCUUGCUCGUGGACGCCAACUGGGAUCUGGACUACGACGCCAUGGUGCGCGCCCACCGGCUGAUCGACCUGACCCGGAAGGGCGAGGGCAUCCAACUGGACGAGUUCCGGACGGCGGUGCUGGUCCACACGGACGACGACGGCUGGCUGAUCUGGCGGGUCGCCGACGAGGAGUCCAAGGCGAAGGAGCAGCAGCGCGACAAGAUCCUCGCUUUCCGGAAGAAGUUGGCCUCAAUGGGCAAGGAAGACCUCUUCUUCCGAUGGGUCGAAAUGAUCCAGUUCGAGAGCACCCAGCCGGGCGGUUUCACUCCGGAGCGGCAACGCAGCGCCAUGCUGAAGGCCAAGGAGAUGUUCGAAGCCGAAAACGUUGAUUUCUCUCGUUUCUGGCAGGAAGUUGGCGGGAUGGAAGGAGAUAUACACCUGACAUAG